AUGCCACGUCUCGCUGGCAUUGCUAACUUUAAUCCUGACAAAGACAUCCCGUCUCUGAGCGGCAAAGUUGUCCUUGUCACUGGAGGAACUGCCGGUUUGGGGAAGCAGUCCAUUCAGGCUCUUGCAAAACAUGACCCUGAGCACAUUUACUUCACUGGUCGUAACCAAAAAGCGGCCGACGCUGUGAUGAAUGACAUCAAGGCAGAGAAUUCAGGUGUGGGAUUAACUUUUCUAGAGAUGGAUUUCGGUUCUCUUGAGUCAGUACGGGCGGGCAUCAGUCAAUUUGCACAUGACCGAUUGGAUAUCCUCAUGUGCAAUGCAGGUGUUAUGGCAGUGCCUCCAGCAGUAAGCAAAGAUGGAUUUGAGAUCCAUUUUGCAAUCAACCAUUUGGCCCAUGCCAUGAUUAUACAUGAACUUUUACCAGUUCUUACGCGAACUGCGGAGAUGUCGAACUCUGACGUGCGAGUCGUGUGUCUGACAUCAGAAGGGUGGAAAGGACACCCACCCAGCGGCAUCUCGUAUGAUAAAGUGCGAACAGAGAAAGGUGGAAUGCCAAUUUGGCUAUUAAGAUACGGCCAAUCCAAAUUUGCGAAUCUUGUAUAUGCGUCGGAACUUGGGCGUCGAUUUCCGAAGAUCAUGGCAGUCUCAGUUCACCCUGGAGUUGUGAAAACAGAUUUGGUAAACAGCCUAUCUUUUGCAGACUCCGCCUUUUUACGUGUUUCAAACUUCAUCCUUGGCACUUCCAUCCUUACGCCAGAAGAGGGUGUUCUCAACCAGUUAUGGACAGCUGCAGGAGCAAACCGAAAUGAGCUUGUUAACGGAGCAUACUACAGGCCGGUGGGAGUAUUGAGCAACGGCGACGUAAGCAAGGACAAGAUGGCUAUGAAUGAAGAGGUAGCUCACAAACUCUGGACCUGGACGAGUGAAAUACUCGACAGCAUCUGA